AUGUCAUUCGGGCUUGAGAAAUGUCGUCGGAUGGUGACUAAGAGAGGAAAGGUAGUCCGCACUGAAGGGGUCUCACUCCCUGAAGGAACAAUAGCAGACAUUGAGGACAGCUACAAGUACCUUGGUAUACCGCAAGCCAAUGGCAACCUCGAACUGGCAACAAGGAAAGCGGCUAAGGCCAAAUACCUCCAGCGAGUGAGGCAAGUCCUAAGAAGCCAGCUCAAUGGCAAGAAUAAGACCCGGGCAAUAAACAGCUAUGCCCUGCCAGUGAUCAGAUACCCUGCAGGAAUAAUAAGGUGGCCAAAGGAAGAGAUUCAGACCACGGACGUUAAGACCCGAAAGCUCCUAACCAUGCAUGGAGGGUUCCAUCCCAAAUCCAGCACCCUGAGACUGUACGCAAGCCGAAAGGAAGGAGGCCGGGGACUAGUGAGUGUGAGAGCCACUGUCCAGGAUGAAACAUCCAAGCUCCAUGAAUACAUCAAGGAGAAGGCUCCAACGGAUGACGUACUCAGAGAAUGUCUCAGACAAUGGGGAACAGAAGAUGAGGCGCUGGAAGAGGGACCAUCAUGGGAGGACAAGCCCCUACACGGGAUGUACCACCGGACCAUAACUGAAGUGGCUGAUCUCAAGAAAUCCUAUCAGUGGCUAGAGAGGGCUGGCCUGAAGGACAGCACAGAGGCACUCAUCCUGGCUGCUCAGGAGCAGGCCUUGAGCACCAGAGCCAUCGAGGCCCAGAUAUACCACACCAGACAAGACCCAAGGUGUAGGUUGUGCAAAGAGGCACCUGAGACGAUCCAACACAUAACUGCAGGGUGUAAGAUGCUGGCAGGGAAAGCCUACAUGGAACGCCAUAACCAGGUGGCUGGCAUAGUCUACCGAAACAUCUGUGCGGAGUAUGGACUGGAAACCCCAAGGUCAAAAUGGGAAACACCUCCGAAGGUGGUGGAGAAUGACAGAGCGAAGAUCCUGUGGGACUUCCAGAUCCAGACUGACAAGAUGGUAAUGGCGAACCAACCAGAUAUCGUGAUCAUAGAUAAAGGGCAGAGGAAAGCCGUUGUAGUGGAUGUAGCGGUCCCAAGUGAUGGAAACAUCAGAAAGAAGAAACACGAGAAACUCGAGAAAUACCAAGGGCUCAGAGAGGAGCUGGAGAGAGCCUGGAAGGUAAAGGUGACAGUCGUGCCUGUGGUGGACGGAGCACUCGGGGCAGUGACCCCCAAACUAGAUGAGUGGUUGCAACAGAUCCCCGGAACAACAUCGGACAUCUCAGUCCAGAAAUGUGCAGUGCUGGGAACAGCACGGAUACUGCGCAGAACCCUCCAGCUUCCUGGCCUCUGGUAGAGGACCCGAGCUGAAUGAGGGACGGACACCGCCCGAGG